AUGGCGCGGGCGGUGAGGGGCACCUGCAAGGCUGCGCAUGAUCGGCACGAGGCUAGCUCUUGGCUUCAUUCAUUGGUUCCACAGCAUGCGGCUUUCAACGCUGAAGAUGCCUUCCGCUACCAUCCCAUCCAUCGCCAACAUCCUUACAACAACGCACUUCUCUUGACCCAUGUGGGCGUGGCUCGAGCCGCACGAUCAGUAUUGGAGGCGAGUCUCCACGAAAAUGCAUUCCCAUCUGCACACAAAGGACAAUGUCGGCCAGUCACUGACCAGAGAUCAGAUUGCGAAGAGAUCAUGAACGCUCUCGAUGAGUGUCACGCCCGCGGCUUCCUCUACAAAGCGAUAGGCGGUUGCAACGAUAUAAAACGAGAAGUGAACAAGUGCUUGUCUGGCGAAAGGACGAAGAAGAGCAGCAAGAACAGAGAGACCGCUCUGGAGCGGAGGAAAAGAAUAGAGGCGAUUUGGGACAAGAUGGAUGAAGGAGACUACUCUGCGCUUGAGGCAUUUACGAAACGAAAAUGA